GUUUAGUUAUCUCGAUAGAAACAAAGGCACUAAUAAACGUUCCGCUUCUGAAUUUUGUCUGCUAUGAAUGCCACACAUGCUAACUGAAAGCUAAGGAAGCGUAUGAUCUACGGCGAUAUGAUCCAUGACAUAUUAGUGAACCCUGAGUGAAGAAAAGGAAGAUCACCUAUCUAAAGACAUGGAAAACGAAGUCCCCAAUCAGAACCCAGCAGGCACAAGUCAACCCGAGACACAGGAAGCAUCUGGAUCAACUGUUUCACCAGCCCAAGCUGUUGUUAACGAUGGUGGUGACUGCAAACCAAAGACACCAAAAAAAGCGACAUCAGCCGCAACAGAAGAGACAGGCACAAGUCAAACCGAGACAAAGGAAGCAUCUGAAACAACUGUUUCACCAAACCAAGAUGAUCAGAUAGAUGGAUGCCAAGGUGAGAAAAGUGAAGAAAUCUCAGCCAUGGACAACACAGACUGUCAAUCUGGAGACGAGUUCAAUGAAGGAGAACUGUCAGCAAAUACAAAUCAAGACGGAUCCUGUGAGGAGAACUUAGACAGUGAUCAGGCUCCUUGUCAGGAAGUUACAGCAGUCACAGCUUUACCAUCUCAACGUGCUGACUGUAGCGACACUAUUCAAGACAGGGAUUCGUCUGAAACAGAGGUGCGAUCUGUUGCAGAAACAAAUUCUCCCAUUAAGGACAGCACACGGACGGAGAAGAAAAGCAAUCAAAGUCAAACUGAUGGCAAACAGUUGUUACCAAAAACUGAGAAACAAGUCACGAUAGCGCCAAAAUCAGAAGAAAGACGGGACAAACCUGAGAGCACAACACAGGACAAGCAGCAGUUAGAUGUCCGCAGUAAUGAUGUUGAAAACAUCGGUCCUAACACCCCAGAGGCUACUCAACCUGAAGAUCCACAAGUUACUGGCGGCCUUUUCUCCGUAGGAAGUGGAAAAUGCUGGCUAGGAGUGGCUAUAGCAGUGGGUAUAGCAGUGGCAAUUGCUGCUAUCGUGCUGCAGCAUUUUCUUCAGCCAGAAUCUCCGCUUCAGACGAAUGAUGUACGGCAGAUAGACGUCUUCCUCAGGCAGCUGGAAAAAGUAAAGACUCGGUUUCCUAACCAGCGUGCCGAGCUCUGGAAUAGGGGCAGGAUCCACCUUAAGAGACACCUUCAGACCACACAGCCCACGGAGCCCGUGAGUCUGAUUCUCACUGCAGGCCUCAGAGCUGAGAAGACGCUGAACUGCUUAGCUCGGGACCUGGCCUCCGCCUACUCUUCUGCCCGGAACGCCUCCGUCCUCCACAUAGAUGGAGCCAGCAAAGCCAGCCAGGACAGUGACCAGGUCAAACUGGACAUUGACAGGAAGUUGCAGGGAGCUUUUGAAGGAGACAAACCUGUAGCCGUCAUUCAUCGCUUUGAAGAGCUACCUCCGGGCUCCACGCUAAUUUUUUAUCGCUAUUGCGACCACGAGAAUGCCGCAUACAAGAACACUUUUCUGAUCUUCACUGUACUGCUGGGGGAAGAAGACGAGAUUCCUGCUAAGAUUAGCUUGUGUGCUGUUGAGGAGAUGGUGGAUGACCACCUUCAAAAGAAAUUCCUCACUCAUGGCCACCCAGUGUCUUUUGACAUGAUGGACCUGGACAAAUAUGGUGGACUGUGGAGUCGUAUUUCUCACCUUAUCCUCCCCGUGGCAGCAGAGGAGAGAAUAGAACUUGAAGGGUGCUAGAGAGCAGAAGCAUUCAUUCUAGUCUGAACUUUUAAUCUGGGAACUAAGCUGGGCAAUUGAUCAUUUGGGAGGCAGUAGACCUCAAGGAUAUUGAAUAUACAGAUGUGGACUUCCAUAAUGAAUGAGAAUCCUUAUGGUAUGGGAUUUAAAGUAAUUUCUCUGAUCAGAUGUAA